AUGAUGCCCAAGAAGCCCAAGAAGCCGGCGACUAGCGUCCGGGCCGCGGAAGGGCGCGCCUACAGCGGCGACAACGAGAGCCAGGAUUCGCAGCUGUGCAUGGACCUGUACCGCGAGGAGGUCUUCAUUGGCGUGUCAGUAAACCCCCGGCCGCCGACCACCGCCGACGCGCUGGACUUCAACACAACGCGUCACCCAGAGACUGCGCCCUCAGCCGCUGCAAGUGUUCUGUCGGAGAAGCGUCGCAAGGCCAACUCGUCCGCACCGCGAUCUUCCCUCACCUGGGAUCCGGACGGGAAGCAGCUAUUAGCCCCUUCGCCGAAUCACGGUCAUGGCCCGCCAGCCACCGUCGAUGCUCCGAGCCCGCUGGUGAAGGGCGAUGUUCUUCCGCAGAUCCCCUCAUCCAGCAUCCCGCCACCGAGGAAGAGGAAGAUGGAGGACUUCAUGUCCGACUCGCCCACCCAGUCCAAUGAGGGCAGGAGCUACGAGCAGUAUCGCCACGACUUCGAGCGCGAUCCCUCGCCUCCACAAGCGCCUGAGGACCAGCAGCAACAUACAGGCACCCUCGACUCCCAAGUGUCCCGUGUGAGCAGUUCGCACGAGCACCGCACCCUCCACGAGGACGAGACCGGCGCUGUCAAGUUUGACUGGCAGCCGCCGACCGCCAGUGUCAACGACGAAGAAGCAGACGAGGACGAAGAUGAUGGCUUCGCUCACGCCCACCAUGUGGCCGAGACACCGCACCCGACAUCGCAGCCGACAAUGAGAUCCCAGCAUAGUUUUGAUGCGAAGUCCAUUUUUGGCCGGUAUAGCAUGCCCGCCGACAUGCCUCCGCCCGAAACCCCUGUGUUACAACAAAGGCCAUUCCAAGGGGACGCACCGGCUAGCAACGUGAUGGGAGCCUCGCAGCUAUUCAUGCAGACGCAGUUCACAUCAGGCGUCAAGAAGGCAGCAUCCCCAACGUCCUCCCGCCCAUCGCCAAACCUCUUCCAUAUCAACACUAUCUCUCCGAACAACGUCUCUUCUCCGCUCAAAGACCGGGGACUGCGGUCCUCCCCAACACAAGGCUUUCCCACCAGCCCAGCUCCUCAACUGCCAGAUACUUCGUCCAAGCCAAGCGAUAAGGAGGAUAUAGAGGAAGAGGUAGCUACAAUCCCUGGGUCCCCAAACCUGAGUGGGCCCCGUCCAAAUCUGAGGAGGUCCCGUAUGCGAAGUCGCCCAGAACCAAUUGGCGAUUAUACGCCCAUACGCAACUCGUCAACCAGCCCUGAGGCUGAAGGAGGAGGGGAUACUGAUUCUGAAAGCGAUGAAUCACAGAAGCGUCGUCACCAAGCAAAGCUGAAGAGGGACAAGGCUACAAGAUCUCUAGAAAACAUCAGCUACACUCGGCAAGACAACAAGGACGAUGUGGAGGUACCGUCUACAAGCCGCAGACGGUCGAAGCCGUCCAGCACGUCAGUAUCUGAUCUCUCGGCUGCCGAUGGGUACCUGAAGCAAUGUCAUGGCAAGAUUGACACGACUGAUAAGGGCGAGUCGCAAGAGACCGUAGCAGAUUCGCAGGAGGUAUCUACUAAGAAUGAGGAGCCCCCGCGUUCUGUACCCGACCGUGCAAACCCCGUUGGACCGGUUGGCCGUCUGAGUCCAUCGCAGCCAGAGCUCCCAGCUGGUCCCUCUAGAAGCAACGAAACUACUGGAAGUAAAGAGACAAUACCUGAGACGAGCCCGACUAGAAACCGCAAUACUCAGGGAAUUGUCAGAUCCUCGCGCCGCCAGGAGACCGAAGGCGUGGACUCAGCAGCCGCAACCCUCCCUGCAGUUUCAAGCUCGCAGAACAUGAAGUUGCUGGCGUCGUCUCCUCCAGUGCCAGAUGUGUUGGUCCCUUCUUCCCAGUCAACCCGUCGUUCAACGAGGUUGAGGAAUGUUGCAACACCGAGAACAUCUCAACCCGCUCAAGCAGGACCGCAAGAGCCCGUGACAAGCUCUUCGAGUUUGACCGCUUUAUCUGAGACACCUAAUAUCUCUUCAAGCACUUCGCCAAAUACAGAUGCCGCCGACGGAGAAACGAAGAGCUUGGUUUCGUCUCCUGCAGCGGCAAAGACCCUCCGCCAUAAGCCUUCCAAACUGAAGACUUACUCGCCUGUCUCGCGCAGUGCAGACCGUGUGAAGAGGGCUAAGCGUCAAGGCUCUGUUUCUACUGAUGAACUGGCGUUCUCUACCCCGACAUCUGCGACUGAAGACCGCCGUCAAUCUCGCUCGUUUGCACGCAAAUCCAUCCAAGAGGCCCAGCCUACUUUGCCAGGCCCGGGCAUGUUUGACGGCAUGACGUUUGCAACCUCAUUCAAAGUUCCAGAUGCCCGGAGAUCGACUGACAAGAAGCAACUUGACAGAAUUGUAGACAAGAAGUUGAUCGAGGAUAUGAUCGUCAAGGCUGGCGGUAGAAUUAUAUCCGCAGGAUUUCAGGAAUUAUUUGAAGAUGCUGCCAUUGAAACAAACCCGCUGCGUCUUAAAGAUGACGCCAAAGGGUUUACGGCGCUGAUUACCGAUGUCCAUUCUCGAAAGACCAAGUACAUGGAAGCUCUCGCCCUGGGGUUACCGUGCUUGUCGUGGAAAUGGGUGUCUGCUUGCUGCGCAGCCAACCGGCUGGUUGAUUGGUCUCCCUACCUCUUGUGUGCGGGCCAGAGUCAAGUACUCGGAGCAAUCAGUUCCAGGUCUCUACCAUCCUAUGAUGCGCAUAGUGCUGAUCUUAAAGAGAUCGUUGAGCAUCGCCCCAAGUUAUUAUCCGACAAGAAAGUACUUCUAGUCAUGAAGAAGGCUCGGAAAGAGGAAGAAAAGCGCAUGCCGUACGUCUUCCUGGCGCAGGCUUUGGGUGCCUCACUGAUCCGAGUUGCCACCCUGGAAGAAGCGAGGGCCGAGCUUAGAAAAAGAGAAGAUACCAAGGAGUCUUUUGAUUGGGUCUACGUUGAUGGCCACCAGGUUGAGGCCGAAUCAAUACUGUUCGGUGAGGGACAGACUCAACCAGUCUCUAAGAAGAGAAAGAGACAGAGUGCUGCUGGCCCAGCAGACGGCCCUCCACCCAAGCGAAUCCGGACUUUGAAUGAUGAGUUGGUUGUCCAAAGCCUCAUUCUGGGCAGACUUGUUGAGGACGGCGAGAUGGAAGAUUUCCUGCCGUAA